AUGGCGUCUACUCGCCCUGCACCCGAAACGCUACAGCCGCAGGACAUCCAACAAGAACGCACAGCAUGCUCGUUCGACGUGGAUACCAUGUCGUGCAUCCUGCCUGGCUCCAAGGCCGAACGCGACAAUGCAAGGUGGCUACUUUCGCUUCUUAAAAGCGACGCCGAUCGUACAUUUGACAAAGAGGAUCGUGUCUUUCAGUCUCGAAACGAGCGUUUCUUCAACGGUCAAAAGAUUGCUCUCCGUUACUUCGAGAUCCGCAAUCGGCACGGUCUGGACAAGAAGGACGCGGAUCUACUCCGGCUCUACACGGACGAAUACUUGCCCAUCCAGGUCGCGGAAAGCAUGGCUCAGCCCACGUUGAUGCGACAGGCGAGCGCGGAACAGUGGUCAGAGUGGGGCCCCAUGGUCAGAUCAGGUCGAUGGAUCGGAUGCUACAUGCAGACCGAGCUUGCUCACGGCUCUAACUUAUCUGCGCUCAGGACGACAGCAACACUCGAUAUUGACACGGACGAGUGGGUCAUCCACACGCCUGAGCCAUCUGCAGGCAAAGUGUGGAUUGGCGGAAGCGGUCUCACUGCGACCUACGGUAUUGUGAUGGCCAAUCUGAUCAUCAAGCGCAAGUCGUACGGCAUGCAUCCUUUCCUGGUUCAUCUGCGCUCACUCCAAGAUCACACGCUGUUACCAGGCCGUCACAUAAUGGAGAUGGGCUGCAAGCUAGGUGCGCCUGCGAUGGACAAUGGGUACAUCUGCUUUGACAACGUGCGCAUCCCCCGCACCCACCUUUUGCAGCGCUUCCAGACCGUCUCCAAGGAUGGUAUGUACGAAAAGAGAAACGCCGCGGCACAAGUCAUGACACGUGGCACCAUGACGCUGGUUCGUGUUGGUCUUUGCGAAAUUGCAGCACACCAUUUGGCCCGUGCUGCCACAAUCGCCAUCCGAUAUGCCGUCGUCCGGCGUCAGGGCACAUCGGCCACCAAGCCGGACCAGCUGGAACCCAAGAUCCUCGACUAUGCAUCGGUGCAGACGCGCGUGCUAACUGCCCUGGCCAGCGCCUACGCCAUCACGUUUGCUGGUCAGCACCUCAGGCGCCUGUACAACGAGAUGAUCGCCGAGAUCGACAAGACGGGCAACUCUGGGCUGCUGCCGAUCGUGCAUGGCUAUUCGAGCGUGCUCAAGGCAGUCUGCACCAACGAGUCACUGGCCGGCAUCGAGCGCUGUCGUAGGAGCAUGGGCGGUCACGGCUUCAGCCAAGCAUCCGGCUUUGACUUUGAACGCAACCAGCCCAAUGCUGGGCUCAUCUAUGAAGGCGAAAAUUCGAUGCUAUUGGCUGGGCCUUCAGCCCAAUUUUUGAUCAAGCAGCUCCACGAGACGCGCAAGGGCAAGGGCAAAGCUAUUCGACCUGAACUAGCCUAUCUCGAAUGGAUCUCCGGGGCUUCUGGAGCGGUGGAAGACAUCUCGAAACGGAUGCAAACCAUCACUGCAGAGCAGUUCGAAAAGCCGCGUGUGUUGUUGGAUCUGCUUGGGUGCCGAGCGGCCCUCCUCGUCGAUAGACUUGCUCAGCACCGCAGCGAAUCGCACAGUAGGGAAGAUGGCGUGUACGAGCACAUUGACACAAACUUGGCCGUCCGUGCCUCUACUGCUCACGGCGUCUACUUGCUCGCCUACGCAUUCCACGACCUUGUCGAGCAACUCAUGUCCUCGGACGCCACGUCGACCAAGGUACGCUUCGGCGUGUCUGUACAGCACACACACGUUGCGGCACUUGACAACCUACUGCGCUUCUACCUUUUGCAAAACUGCCUCCUUUCCCAAGACGCACUUGGCGACUUGCUCGAGCUCGGACUGCUGUCAGGUGCACAGCUCGACAAGCUUAGGCGAAGCGCAGCUCGAUUGCUCUCUGGUCCCAUCAGAAGGGACGCACUCGGCUUGGUUGAGAGCUUCGACAUGGACGAUUGGUAUCUCUGCUCGCCAUUGGGAAGCAGCGACGGCCGCGCUUACGAGAGAAUGAUCGAGUGGAUGAAACUCGAGCCACUCAAUCACACGGGAGAACGAGGAGCCCGGGACGAGAAAGGCGUGGUCAAGGGAUAUACGGACGGCAUCGGUCGCUUGAUUCGCGGAGAAGCAGUGCCAUUCACUGAACGGGCGAGGUUGUGA